UAUCUUAUGUGUUCUCUUAUGCAGACUGAAGAUCAUUGAAUGCAGAAGUAAUAAGAUGUUCAAUGUUGGGUUUGUUGACCCAGAUAAAGUACAUCAUGACACGGUAAAGAAUAAUGUCGAAGAAACGGGGGGAAACCUACUAAGGUUUAUAGGGGAGCAAAGCUUCUGUGAUUCAAUACUGUUUCCUUACAACUACAGUUUCCACUGGAUUCUGCUAAAUAUUCAAGUUGAUAAGGGAAUAGUUGAAGUAAGGGACCCAUUGAGUAGAGGCCUGGACGGGUUCCGCGACUUGCAGAACAUUCUCCAGAGGUGUUGGAGAGCUUUGAAGAAUAAUAUUGCGGGUAACUUCGCAGAGAAGCUAACAUUUACUCUUGUACCGUGCGCCCAGCAGCCACGGGGGACGAAUCUAUGUGGAUACUACGUUUGCGAGUCCAUUCGCAUGUUAACCAUCGAGAAGCACAACGAUAAUAGAUUCAACGUCGACUUCAUGCGGGAGAAGCUCCAACCACACGAGCACAUACUAGGAAUUACGGGGGAAUUGGCGGGACUUCUAAUGAAAGAAGUAAUAGACGACAACGACUUGUUUAGUCCAAAUAGGCGCAACAAAUGA